GACGCACCCAGUUUAUAAAAAUGGUGAUUUCUUUUCAGAUGCCAGGCAUUCGGUACUUUCGAUGCCCAAGAUGUUCAUGUCCCAAGUUCUCGCUCAAGGCACUGUUCUGGCAUCUUCGCGUACUUCAUGGACACGAAAGUAAUUGGUUGUGUGGCCUAGGUGGCUGCACGAAAACGUUUAGCCUGUUUCUUUCUUACAAAAGGCAUGUGUACCGAAAGCACGCCGGUCUGCUUAAGGAAGGAGCACAGCCCACUGUGGACAAUCCACUGCAAGUAGAGCAAAGAAGCGUGAAUGAUGCACAGAGCACAGAGGAAGAUGCAGAGGUCCAGGAAGAAGUGCUAAGUGAUUCUCAGCCAUGUGAAUCAAGUCCCGGUUUCAUUGAUUAUGUGAAUCAGUUGGCAGCACUGCUACUGAAGUGGAAAGAAGCAAGGCGUCUUCCAGAAUCCACCCUAAACGAAAUAGCGAACGAUUUUAUUUCAUUCAUUCAAGCAAUGCUAGAGGACGAACGGCUUUGCACGUGCGCUCAGGCUGUCAGUCACAAAGCGGAGUGCAAGCAGCAGUUGAACCAACUGCUCUCAAAAUCGACGCGGCUAAAGUACUGGCGGACACAUUUUCCGGUUGUAGAGCCUCGUACGAUAGUGCUGGGAGCAGACAGCCGUAGAAAAGACACCAUGUCGUAUGUCCCACUCUGCAGUGUGCUAAAAUGUGUCUUAGAGCAUUCUGACAUGUCUAGUGACUUCAACAGCUACCCUAAAAAAGAACAUUACUUGUGCUCUGCUUUUGAUGGCACUGAAUUCCGAGAACGCUACUUUUCUGGGGACACCUCCAAAAUAUGCGUACAGCUUUACAGCGACGAAUUUGAGGUGUGUAACCCAUUAGGCAGCAAACGAGGGAAACACAAAAUGACGGCUGUGUAUUUCUCAGUGUUAAAUUUUGCUACAAAAACCAGGUCAGCACUCUCAGGAAUUCAUUUAGUGCUGCUUGUCCGUGAUAAACAUGUGUCUACCUAUGGCUUUUCAAAAAUACUUGCUCCACUGAUUGCUGAUGUAAAGGAAUUAGAAGAAGAGGGUAUUGAUGUUGGCAGAAAUCUACUGAAAGGUUCGGUCUUUAUUUUCACUGGGGAUAAUUUGUCCAGCCACAGAGUAGGAGGCUUUAAGUGCUCGUUCAGUCAUGGUAGAAUAUGCAGGUUUUGCAUGGCAUUGCGCCAUGAACUCAACCACAAGUUUUUGGAAAGUGACUUUCAUCUUCGCACACCAGACGGCCACCAACACCAUUUAAAUAUGCUGAGCGCAGGCCUUCCCACUGCAUCGUUGUAUGGUGUUAAAGAAACAUGUGCCCUCGAAUUCAGAGGCUUUGAUCCAACACAACAUUUGCCACCAGAUUUGAUGCAUGACAUUCAUGAGGGUGUAUUACCAUUUGCUUUGCAGCAUGUUAUUUCAUCAUUAAUCAAGCAGAAUUUAUUUUCCCUCAUUUACUUGAACAAGAUGAUGUAUGAAUGGCAUUAUGACCCGCAUGAUGCACGAAAUAAACCAGAGCCUCUGUCAAAUGAGUUCCUGAAAGGUAAAGCCGCUAUGAAAGCAUCCGCAACUCAAAUUUUUUGCUUGUUUUGCCAGCUCGCACUUUUUGUCGGUGAAUGUGUUCCUACUGGAAAUGAAGUGUGGCAGCUUUACCUUCUUUUGCGUGAAAUCGUAGACAUUAUUAUGUGCUACAGAAUUCCCACUAACUAUAUUGCUUAUCUGCAAAGAAAAAUUCACUUUUUUUUGUCUGGAAUUUAAAUCAUUAUUCCCAUCCUCCUCGCUGCCUUGCAAGGUGCACUACCUCAUUCACUAUCCAUCACAAAUAAGAAAGUUCGGACCUCUAAGUACCCUUUGGGCAAUGCGAUUUGAGGCAAAACAUCAGUAUUUUAAAGACAUUUCGCGCAAAAUUCGCAAUUGGAAGAACCUUUCGCAGAGUCUGGCUGUCAGACAUCAGUAUUUGCAAAGCUUUACACUUAUAGCCCCUGGGGAUGACAGUGUUAGCACAACUGGUUGCAGCUCUGUGCUCUAUGAGCACCUUCCUGAAUGUGUGCAGCAGUUUGUCUCUGACCACAGCCUCGAAUGCUCAAGUUCAACUACUGUAAGGUCUCUAAGAGUCGCUGGGAGAAUGUUCAAGCUUGAUUGUUGCCUCGUCCAAGAUAUUUCCCUCGAUGACAUGCCAGCGUUUGUUCAUGUAUGUGGAAUAUACUAUGUAAACAAAGUACUUCUGGUUCUGGUAAAUGUGCUUGAGACUGUUUCUUUUGAUGAACAUUAUCAUGUGUACGUUGUGAAUACAACACAAGAGUACAAAGUGCUGACUUCAUUUUCGGAGUCUGAGAAUGAACCUUUGUACAUGCGGCAACACAAGGGACGUACUGUGAUAAACACCCGCCAAGAAUUACUGUAAAAUAUGUGCCUUAUGUAGC